AUGAACAAGACUCUCUUCGGGCUCCUCGUCGGGGCUGCCGCUGCGCUCGCAACAACCAUCGGCGGCCGGUGCCCUCCAACCGGCCCCGUCCUCCCUCCUCCCAAGUAUCCCACCAAGCUGGACCCCCAGAGACUCUCAUCCAAGAUCGACGCCUUGGUCAAGAGCCCGGACACAAAGUGGAACGUCUCCACGACAUCCUUUUCCGUGCAGCUCACCUCGGCGGACGCCACGUUGUUCGAGUACCACCACACCGCCGCCAUCAAGAACGCGAGCGGCGUGAAGACGGUGGACUCGGAUACGGUAUAUCGUGUCAUGAGUGUGACCAAGACGGUCAACGUGCUGGCCUUGCUGCUGAAUGCUCCGCAUAAGCUCGACACCCCGAUUGGGGAUUAUGUCGAGGAGCUUAGGGGUUUCGAGCCGUACAAGGAUGUUACGCUGAGGAUGCUGGCCAGCCAGAUGGCUGGAGUGCCGAACAAAGGCUUUGCGUUUGAUCGGUACCUCCGCUACGGAGACGAGCUGGAGAAGGCGGGCUUCCCGAAGCCAGAUCCCAAGGACAUACCGACCUGCGACAACCUCUCCAUGAAGUCGUGCACCCGCGCGGAAAUGCUCGACGUCCUCAAGAGCAACAAGCUCGUGUUCAUGCCGGGCGACAAGACCGCGUACUCGGACCAGGCUUACAUGCUGCUCGGCUGGGCGAUGGAGAACAUCACGGGCAAGCCGUUCGAGCAGAUUAUUCGCGACAGCAUCACGGGCCCCCUGGGUCUCUCCGCGACGGGGUUCCAGGUGCCGGAGCUGUCGCGGGGGAUCAUCCCCGUGGGCAUCGGAGCCAGCUUCUUUGACCUGAGCAUCGGCAACUUUAACUACACCGCAGGCCUGUUCUCCACGCCGCGCAACCUGACGGCGUACACGCGCGCCAUCCUCAACAACACGCUUCUCACGCCCGCCCAAACCCGCACGUGGCUCAAACCCUCGUCCUUUGCCGGCUCCUACGCCAUGCACGUGGGCGCGCCGUGGGAAAUCUUCCGCCUCGCCCAUCUGACGCCCGACGGCCGCCCCAUCGACGUGUACACCAAGUCCGGCUCCAUGCCGGGCUGGGCCUCCUACGUGUUUCUCGUCCCCGAGUACAACAUCGGCGGGACCAUCAUGGUCGCCGCGGUAGAUGCCAACAGCCCCAGCCUCUCGCUGCUCGACGUGGUGACGGAAGCUGUGGUGCGCGAGGCGGACGCCCUGGCGAGGAACCAAGCUGAACAGAUCUACGCGGGUCGCUACUCGGGCAGCAACUCGUCGAACUUGGAACUUGUCGUGGACAAGGGGCCUGGCCUGCGGAUUAAGUCGUGGACGCGCGGCGGCAAGUCCAUACUCGCUGUGCUGGCGGACCAGAAAGGGGUUGAGGAUGCGGAGCUUGAUGCGCGCAUAUAUCCCAUCGGGGAGGAUGGCCGGUGGAGGAUGGUGCUGGAGAAGCUGGGCAAGAGGGUCGCGACGCCGUCGCGGCCGAGUGAGGCGUGCGCCAACUGGUUCAACUAUGAUACCUGGCGGUACGCGGGCCGUCCAGUGGACGAGUUUGACUUUGAGGUCACGGAGCAGGGCGCCGUGAAGAGUGUUUCUAAUCCGGGUGUACGCUCUACCAUGAUCAAGGCAUAG